AUGACUUACAUAUUUAACCGUGCUAGUCUACUUAAUGUUGGAUUCCUAGCAGCAAGAAAAGACAACUGUGAUUAUAUUGUCAUGCAUGAUGUCGAUCUGUUACCACUGAACAACAAACUGUUUUAUGGUUUUCCUGAAAAAGGACCAUUUCACAUAUCAGCUCCUCAUCUUCAUCCUAAAUACCAUUAUCGUACUUUUGUUGGGGGCAUAUUAAUGAUGUCAGUUGAGCAUUUUGAGAAGGUCAAUGGGUUAUCAAACAAGUUCUGGGGCUGGGGACGGGAAGACGAUGAACUCUACCAACGAAUAAUGUCAGCUGGUCUUACAGUAAGUGAAUCUUGUCCAUAAUGUUAUACGUCAGAUUAAAAUAGGUUGUCUCCUUUACAGAACUUCCCCAAUGCUACAAUGCAUCUUUAAAAGAGAGAACUAUGCCUUUGCAUUGAAGUGAAACAACCGUUGAGCUUCCAUUGAACAACAUUGCUUGACUAGACACCUGUGAUCUAUUUGCCCUGUUAGUAGAGAGCAUUAUUUACGUCUUUGGAUAUGGUAAAUAACAAGCUAGUCACAGGGUUUGUUUUUUUUUCAUGUGCGAAGGAAGAUUUCAUUGCAUGUUCAAUGUACCUAGUGCAAGCAACUGUUA